CGCUCCCAACACAACCAGCCCAGAAGCUUUUUUGGUUGCUCGCAUCACACCCCCACCCCCCACCUGCAGAUCCACAACAGCAGCAAGCCAGCCAAUCCGUCCGUCCAUCCACAGGGGAAGAUGAAGCAUCCGAGGGAGCAGCAGGAGGAGGAGGUGUCGCUGGCGCUGUCGCUGAGCACGACGACGGACUCGUGCACGACCUCGGACUCAUCCGCCGCGGCGCCCCCGGCGGCCAAGCGCGCGCGGCGGCGGAGGGGCCCGGUGGUGGCCACGUCCGGGGAGGGGGAGUUCGUCUGCAAGACCUGCAGCCGCGCCUUCACCUCCUUCCAGGCGCUGGGCGGCCACCGGACCAGCCACCUGCGGGGCCGCCACGGGCUCGAGCUCGGCGUCGGCGCCAAGGCGCUCAAGCAGCACAAGGCGGCCGGCGGCGGCGACAAGCAGCAGCAGCAGCAGCAGCACCAGACUCACGACUGCCACAUCUGCGGGCUCGGCUUCGAGCUGGGCCAGGCGCUGGGCGGCCACAUGAGGAGGCACCGCGAGGAGAUGGGCGCCGCCGAGGCCGCCGACGCAUGGGUCUGGCGCAGCGUCGCACGCCUCCCGGAGGAGCUCGAGGUCCAGAGCGCCGCCGCCGCCGACCCGCCCGUCUUGCUCGAGCUGUUCGCCUAGAUCAUCCAUCCAUCGGCUUGAUUUGGGCUGACGCGCGCAGGACAUGUAAAUGAUUUUGUUUGGUCUUUUAUUAGAUCUUUUUAGGAAUUGAGAUCGUUCUCUCUUUGUAACUAUGCUAGAGGUUUGGUUGAUGACUAGUGGUUCGAUCGAUUGCAGAUGUCAUAGAACUGAUUUCAUCAUAUGCUAGCCAUUUAUAUAUAGGACGAUUCUUUGGUUCAAAUAUACAUAUAUAUGCUCAUCUUCUGUAAUGCAA